AUGUCAUUAAAGGCAUAUCAAGAUGCUUGUAUUAGAGCAGAAUUGUUUGGUCAGCCUUUACCAAACAGAGAAGAAUUUUUGGAAAAGCACAGAUAUUUGGAUGUUGUUGAGUUCGAAGAAGUGGAUAUAAGAACAGCUGAGGAACACACGCCUCCUCUCUGUGAAAUGCAGUGGACUAAUACCGCAAUGUUAAACGAUGAUUUGAAACAAACUAGCAGUGGAUUGAAUGAGUUGAACACAAUUUUAUCUUCGACUCAAACUAAAAUUAAUCGCUUAAAGGGUGUUUGCGGUAGUCUGACAAAUUUUUUUCGAAUAAAGCUAACAUCAAAAGACAAUUUAUCUUAUUCUAGUGAGCCAAGUUAUAUCGGUCAAACGAAUUACGACAAAGAUUAUGUUCCUCCUAAAAAUUCUGAAAUAGGUUCUAUCAACACAGGCCUUGGAGCUAACGACACUGAGUUUACUCCCCGUACGAGUAAACCUAAACAAAAUGGAGGCGACAUUAAUUCAGCGCUUUGUGAUUUAGAAACUAUGCAGAAAGUCGAAAAAACUCCUAUACUUAAGAUUGAUAAACAGGUAACGUCUCAAAAUAAUAAGUUAGACGAUUUGAUUAUGAAGGCGGAGAGAGCCGAAACGUCGUUGCAACAUCAAAACAAACAAUUGAGAGGUUUUCUACGAUAA